AUGAUUAUUUUACGAAUUUCUUCAUCAGACACUGGAGAAAGGACUAAGUCGUUAAAAGGAAGAGAGGCCAUGGAUUCAAUCUCAGAAAUAGUUGAUAAUUUAGUAUUGGGAGAUAACGGAGAACUGGAAGAAAAAUAUCUGUUUAAUAUAUCAGGAGAAAACGAAGAGACAGCAAUGUCUUCAUUCCAAGUUUUGGAUUUAGACAUGUGGGUUUUACCAUUCCCGGGCAAUGACGCUGUAGUGUUGGUGUCUAAAGAAAACAAUGAACUGCUUAGGAGUGAACUCUAUGAGAACGGUUUUGAGUUCCAGAUAGAAACAGAUAAUAUUAAAAGGGCUUUAGAUUUAGAAGAUACAUUAAAUGAGAGAGCGCUUCGCAAAAAUCCCGUCAGAUCAGGAUUUAGAGGGAAAAUUGGGUUCGACAGAAUUUAUAAACUGUCUGAAGUAGAUGCAUACCUCGAGACUCUGGCUGAAUCAUAUCCAAAUACUGUAACACUAGUUAAUGCUGGAAAAUCUUUCGAAGGCAGAGACAUUAAGUAUCUUAAAAUUUCAUCAACUAAUUUCCAGGAUGUACAAAAACCAAUAGUUUUUGUUGAAUCGCUUCUGCAUGCUCGCGAAUGGGUGACACUCCCACCAACACUCUGGGCCAUUGAGCAAUUGGUUGUAAAUGUCACAGAAUCUGAUCUGAUAGACACCAUAGAUUGGAUUAUAUUACCUGUUGCUAACCCAGAUGGAUAUGAAUUGACACACGAUGGGAACCGUUUCUGGCGAAAGAAUCGUGCUACUGGUUAUUUUCCUGGGAACAGUUGUCUCGGUGUGGACCUGAACAGAAAUUUCGAUAUAAUGUGGGGAAGUGGCUCAAGCAGCAGUGUAUGCUCCGAAACCUUUCAUGGAUCCCGUCCAUCUUCUGAACCUGAGACAGUCAUUAUAAGCAAAAUUAUGGAUGAAUAUAAAAAUCGUAUCGAUCUCUUCAUAGACCUCCACAGCUUUGGAAGUUUGAUUCUUUAUGGUUGGGGCAGUGGAGAUUUACUGCCUAAUGCAUUCUCUUUGCAACAGAUCGGUUUAAACAUGGCUAAAGUUAUUGAUGAAAUGAAAUUAGGAUUUAAUCGAAAUUAUACAGUUGGGAACGCUGGACUUAUUUUAUACCCGGCUUCAGGAACAGCCAUGGACUAUGCGAACCGGGCUAACAUACCAUACUCUUAUGUUUAUGAGCUGCCUGCUUCUAGAUAUGGAUCAGGUCUUUUAGGAUUUCUGGUUGAACCCGAACUCGUGGAACAAUAUGCAAAGGAGACUUGGGAAGGAAUAAAGACUGGCGCAAGGAAUGUACGCGAUCGUCGAUAG